AUGGCUCUCUAUCUGGGCUUGGACGUUGGCACGCAAGGUGUUAAGGCAGUCGUCUAUGAUGCUCCGUCCCGCCGCAUCGUCGCUCGUGGCGCGUACCCCCUGUCCCUGCUGCCAACCGUCAUCCCAGGCCGCGCGGAGCAGCACCCCCAGUCAUGGAUAGAUGGCGUACGCAGCGCUGCGCGCCAGGCAUUGGCUGGCGUGGACGCCACCCGCGUCAAAGCCGUCGGGGUCAGCGGCCAGCAGCACGGGCAGGCCAGCAGCGUCGGCAGGGGCCAGGGGCAGCAGGCUCCCCUGCAGAAUGGGUGUGACACUGAGUCGGCGCGGGAGGCCGAGGAGCUCUCAGCCAAGCUGGGGACCACCCUGGUGGCCAGCUUCACGGCGACAAAGCUGCUGUGGCUGCUGCGCCACGAGCCCGAGGUCUACGCGGCCACCAGGCACGUGCUGCUGCCGGGCAGCUACGUCAACUACUGGCUGACAGGGCGCAUGGCCAUGGAGGCUGGUGACGCGAGCGGGACCGGCAUCUUUGACGUCGCAGCGCGCACCUGGGAUGAUGCUGCGGCCGCGGCGGUCGACACGCGGCUGCCGGGGUUGCUGCCGCCGCUGCUGGGGCCAGAGGAGGCUGUCGGGACCCUGCGGCCCGAGGCCGCCGCGGAGCUGGGGCUUGGCCCCGAUGUCCUGGUGUCACCCGGCAGCGGUGACAACGCCAUGAGCGCCCUGGGCUCCGGCGUCACCCGCGACGGCCAGCUCGUGGUGUCACUCGGCACCUCGGGGACGCUCUUUGGGGUGUCGGGUGCCCCCAUCGUCGACGCGACCGGCGCCAUUGCGCCGUUUUGCGACGCGACGGGCGCGUGGCUGCCGCUUGUGUGCACCCUCAACUGCACGCGCGCGGCGGAGGAGGCGCGGGAGGCGUUCGGGCUAAGCCAGGAGGAGGCGACGCGGCUAGCGGCAGAUGAGGAGGCGGGCUGCAGGGGCGUGAACUUUAUACCUUACCUGGCCGGCGAGAGGACGCCUAACUGGCCCAACAGCAGCGGCACGAUCCUGGGGCUGCGGCCAGGCCUGCUGCGCGGCGGCCUGCUGUAUCGCGCCGCGCUGGAGGGCGCCACCUUCAGCCUGAGGGCCGGCCUGGAGCGCAUGCAGGCGCGUCGAUUGCUGUACUUUUUUGUCGCGCUUUGUUGGCAUCAAGGAUAA